CCUCAGCAUGUAACAAAAACAGUAGAUGAGCAGGGUUUGCUGUCCAGUCUUAACACCACCACCACCACGACCGCGCACCAGCCCGACCUACAUGCAUAGGGACUGAGGAUGGAAACGUUCAAGAUGAAGAGCAUUCUGAAGGUGUCUAAGCUUAACUCCCAGCUGAAGUUGGAGAGCUCUACCCAGAGUCAAUCCAUUGGGGCGGUGCGCUGGAACCUUCCUGAAGAGGACCUCCAGGCCCACAGCUCAGCCCCUACCAGCCCCCGCAAGAGCAGUGCCCCCUCCACACAUCGCUCAUUGCAACACCCUCAUCAGAAUGGCAUGAAGAACCUGCGCAGUCUGCAGGAAUGUGUCCACUUCAUCAACCAUUGGAAGGAGCAGGUGGCCCAAGUCUGCAAGAGUGGCAGUGAUGCGGGGAAGGGCACCAGUAAAGGAGAGACCCCGGUGGAACUGAAAACAGAACGCAGUCUGGAAGAGAGCAGGAAACUCAUUGUGCUGUGGGCCAAUGAGCUCAACAGCGUCGACAAGCUGGCGAAGGCUAGGCCCUGGGUGCAGGAGAGAUGUGAGGAGGAGGAGGAAGAAGAAAACAAGGAUGGCGAGAUGGAUCCCGAUGAGGAAGUGCAGCAGAGGAUCAUGGAGUGGGCCAAGGAGCUACAGAGCGCCUCAGAGCGUUGUGGGGUGCAGAGCAAUGAGCUAGGCAAUGUUCUGCGUCUGCUGGGUCUGAGGAAGAAGAGACUGAUCAACCUCCUGCCCUUACUGGAGUUCAUUACUUGGUCACUGCUCAAGGAGGACUGCAAGGGUGGCAUUUCUCCGCUGUGGCUGUCAGCGAAGCAGUGCACCUGGAAGGCAGGCACUCCAAGAUACAUCCCUAACUCAGUGUGGAACUGGAUGAUCAGUGCAUCAGCCGAUGUGACCUUUGACCCCAUGACCAACCACCUGUGGCUCCAGCUCUCAGAUGACCACCGCAAGGUCCAGGAGGGCAUAUCUGAGUCCAAUCUGCCCUUCAGUUCCCAGCGCUUCGACGCCUGGCCUGGCGUGCUGGGCUGGGAGGGAUACGCCUCCGGACGGCACUACUGGGAAGUCGACAUAGCCAACAACGGCUACUGGCGGGUCGGCCUGACCACGGCGAGUGCCGAACGCCAGGGCCGCUUCCCCAUGAGCCCGCAGACUGGCUACUGGACCCUGUGGCGCAGCAUGCACCAGUUCUACGCCUGUACCAAGCCUGAGACGCCCCUGCCCCUGGGUCUGGUGGCCCGCCGGAUGGGGAUCUAUCUAGACUACGAGGAAGGACAGAUCUCCUUCUACAACGCAGAGACCAAGACCCACAUCUAUACAUUCACAGGCAAGUUCAAGGAGAAGCUGUACCCGGUGUUUGCCCCGCUGGACGGGCGCUCACUCAUCACCAUCAUCUCGCCACACAAGGUCUCUACACUUUGAAGACAUCACAGGUCUUUGGUUAAGAGAUUCUCCCCAACAUAAGCUGACUACAGAUCUGGUUUUCCUCCGCCUUUCAAUCACUGGCUUAUUUGGACUUGGACAACCAGGUGUGUGGAGUGGACUCUGGUUAAUCAAUAAGAUUCAUUGAUCAAUAAAGUACCAAGAAUAAGAGAAAACCAUUGGAGAAGAGUUUGAGCAGUUGACACUUUGACCCGCAAAGCCUUGGGUUGAGGAUGGGUUUGCCCUGUUUUGACAACAGUUGGCCUUGACACUUCUGUAUGGAUCUUAAGAGCUAUAUGGGAAGAAGCAAAUAGGCAACUUCAUACCCUAAAAUAAAACAAAUGAAUUUGACAAGCUAGAUUUAAACAGUACAUGUCUGAACCCCCCCCCCCCCCCCCUCGUUUUAAUACGUAAAAAAACAACUAAAUACUGUAUAUAAAUUGCAUUAUAAUACUGAAACAGCUAGCUAGAUGGAAGAUGAGAAAUGUAUACUGAGGAAAUCUAACUACAAUAUAUCUAUAUAUUGCAGUGUAUCUAUUUACCUAUAUACAGUAUCUAUACCUUUAUGUCUUCAUAUAUUUACACACUUUCAUAAUAUGUAUACAGUCCCUUCAGAAAGUAUUCACACCCCUUGACUUUUUCCACAUUUUGUUGUGUUAUCGCCUGAAUUUAAAAUGAUUACAUUUCGAUUUGUCACUGGCCAACUCACAAUACAACACAAUGUCAAAAUGGAAUUAUGUUUUUAGAAAUGUGUACAAAUUAAUAAAAAAUGAAACGCUUGAGUCAA